AUGUCGCUUUUCCUCCUCACUGAGACCAGUGCGGGCUAUGCCCUGCUGAAGGCCAAGGACAAGAAGCUCCUGAAGCGCAAGGACAUCGCUGAGGAUGCUUCCUCUGCUGAGGGUGUCUCCGAAAUGUUCAAGUUGAAGGGUUUCCAGAAGUUUGAUAGCGCUGCUACUGCCGUUGAGGAGGCCGCUGCCAUCAUUGAGGGCAAGGUCACUCCCCGUCUUGCCUCCCUUCUCGAUGGAAUCAAGGAUGAGAAGAAGGGCACUCUCGCCGUUGCGGACGCCAAGCUCGGAAACGCCAUUGGGAAACUUCCCGGUUUCUCCAUUGACCUGGUUGCCGACUCAACCACCUCCGAUGCUUUCCGUGCCAUUCGUGAGCACCUCGCCGCCCUUAUCCCCGGUCUGGCUCCUAGUGACAUGUCCGCCAUGUCCCUCGGUCUCUCCCACUCUCUUGCCCGUCACAAGCUUAAGUUCUCCCCCGACAAGAUCGAUACCAUGAUCGUUCAGGCCAUUGGUCUGCUCGAUGACCUCGACAAGGAGCUCAACACCUACGCUAUGCGCGUUAAGGAAUGGUACGGCUGGCACUUCCCCGAGCUGGCCAAGAUCCUCAACGACAACAUUGCCUACUCUAAGCUUGUCUUGAAGAUGGGUAUGCGCACUAACUGGGAGACUGUUGAUCUCUCAGAGAUCCUUCCAGAGGAGAUUGAAGCUGCCGUAAAGCUUGCUGCCGAUCGCUCCAUGGGUACCGAGAUCAGCGAGGAGGAUCUGGAGAACAUUCAGGCCCUGGCCACCCAGGUUGUUGAGUUUGCCGAUUACCGCCAGCGUCUGUCCGGCUACCUCACCUCCCGUAUGAACGCCAUUGCUCCCAACCUGACUGCUCUUGUUGGCGAGCUCGUUGGUGCUCGCCUCAUCGCUCAUGCUGGUAGCUUGACCAGCCUUUCCAAGAGCCCUGCCUCUACCAUCCAGAUUCUGGGAGCCGAGAAGGCCCUCUUCCGUGCCUUGAAGACCAAGCACGACACUCCCAAGUACGGUCUGAUCUACCACGCUUCUUUGAUCGGCCAAGCCACCGGCCGCAACAAGGGAAAGAUGGCCCGUAUCCUUGCCGCCAAGGCUUCUCUGGGUAUCCGUGUGGAUUCACUUGCUGAUUGGGCUGACGAUGUCACCGAGGAGGAUAAGGCUGCUCUCGGCACCGAAGCCCGCUUCAACCUCGAGCGCAAGCUCGCUGCCAUGGAGGGCAAGCCUCUCAAGCCCCGCGGCGUUGCCAUUGCUCCCAACGGCACGGCCCAGCCCCAGAAGUUCGACCUGAACGAGGCCCGCAAGUACAACCCCGAUGCCGAUGCCGUGGCUGACGAGGAGCCCUCCCCCGCCAAGAAGGACAAGAAGGAAAAGAAGGAAAAGAAGCUGGUCGAGGAGGUCUCCGACGAGGAGAUGGCCGACGCUGACUCUGACGAGUCCGAUUCCGACAGCCCUGCCGAGACAGAGCUCGAGAAGAUGGCCGCCAAGGCCGGUCUCAGUGUCAAGCGUUACCAGCGCAAGCUUGAGCGUGGAGAGAUCGUUUUCGAUAAGAAGGGUAACCCGUCAGCCAUCAGCAAGAAGGACGUGAAGAAGGCCAAGAAGGAGGCCAAGAAGGCCGACAAGGAGGACGGCAAGAAGCGCAAGCGGGACGACGACGGUGACGAGAAGAAGAAGAAGAAGAAGAGCAAGGGCGAGUAA